AUGCCAGACUUUGUGAGCAAGGCUAGACAGCAAAUGUCAGAUAUUGACAAGCACUUCGCAGGUAACCGCUACUUGCAAGAGUUCGAGAGGAGAACCAGUCUUCCAAAAUCUUAUGCUGUACUUGGAGGUGUUGCCCUUUAUCUUCUACUUGUGUUUAUUAAUGUGGGUGGGGUUGGUGAAAUCCUGUCCAAUUUUGUCGGAUUUGUAUUGCCAGGUUACUACUCUUUGAAGGCUUUAAAGACCGCUAAUACUGCCGAUGACACUCAACUUUUGACCUAUUGGAUUGUAUUUGCUUUCUUAAGUGUAAUUGAGUUCUGGUCUAAGGCCAUCUUGUAUUGGGUUCCAUUCUACUGGUUUUUCAAGACCAUCUUUUUACUAUUCAUCGCUUUGCCACAAUUUGGCGGCGCUGAAAUUGUUUAUAACACGAUCAUUGCUCCUUUAACAGAUCCAUACAUUGCCCCAAACUUCUCUAAGAAAGCAUCGGGAAUAUCCUCUAAACUGGGACAAGCUGCUAAAGAUGCGACUUCGGGCAAAUCGUCUGGAGCAGCCGCAAAGUCCUUUGAUUAA